UUGUUGAUAACAGCGCCCCCUGGUGUCUGCAGGGGGAAUCGAGCCGGCCAACACUGUACAACAGCGGCAGUUUGAAGAUGGCGGAGGGUGAAUUGAACGUGGACAGCCUCAUCUCUCGUCUUCUGGAAGUGCGGGGAUGUCGCCCGGGGAAGAUUGUCCAGAUGACGGAGGCUGAGGUGCGGGGCCUCUGCAUCAAAUCGAGGGAGAUCUUCCUCAGCCAGCCCAUCUUACUGGAGCUCGAGGCCCCCCUGAAGAUCUGUGGUGAUAUCCACGGGCAGUACACAGAUCUGCUGAGGCUCUUUGAGUACGGAGGCUUCCCUCCAGAGGCAAACUACCUUUUCUUGGGAGACUAUGUGGACAGAGGGAAACAGUCACUGGAAACCAUCUGCCUCCUGUUGGCCUACAAGAUCAAAUACCCAGAGAACUUCUUCCUGCUCAGGGGAAACCACGAGUGUGCUUCCAUUAACCGCAUCUACGGCUUCUACGACGAGUGCAAGCGCAGGUUCAACAUCAAGUUGUGGAAGACCUUCACUGACUGCUUUAACUGCCUCCCCAUCGCUGCUAUCAUUGAUGAGAAGAUCUUCUGCUGCCACGGAGGGCUAUCGCCUGAUUUGCAGUCGAUGGAGCAGAUUCGCAGGAUCAUGAGGCCAACAGAUGUGCCUGAUACAGGCCUGCUGUGUGACCUCCUGUGGUCGGACCCCGAUAAGGAUGUACAAGGCUGGGGAGAGAACGACCGUGGGGUCUCCUUCACCUUCGGGGCCGAUGUUGUCAGCAAGUUCCUAAACCGCCACGACCUGGACCUCAUCUGCAGAGCCCACCAGGUUGUGGAGGAUGGAUACGAGUUCUUUGCCAAACGCCAACUGGUCACACUCUUCUCUGCUCCAAACUACUGCGGGGAGUUCGACAACGCAGGCGGCAUGAUGAGUGUUGAUGAAUCCCUCAUGUGCUCCUUCCAGAUCCUAAAGCCCUCGGAGAAGAAGGCAAAGUACCAGUAUGGUGGUGUAAAUUCUGGCCGGCCUGUCACCCCACCCCGCACCACCCAAGCCCCAAAGAAGAGGUGAACGUCCAGCCUUCCCUCUCCCCCCCCCCUCCUCUCCCCUUCUCACCCUGUCCAUCCUUGGUCUGCCAUCCUGGCAACCCCUGUAACUCCCCUGUAAAGCGAAGACACAGGGCUUAUCUAAUUGCCCAAAUCUUUCUCCCCCUUUCUCCCUUAUUCCACCGCCCUUUCCCCAACUCCACUGACAGCUCUUUUCUUAAUGUGUCUGUGUACAUAAAUUUGCUGUGACCAAUCUG